AUGUCCUGCCAGCAGAACCAGCAGCAGUGCCAGCCCCCUCCCAAAUGCCCCCCCAAGUGUCCUGCCCCCAAGUGCCCCCCCAAGUGUCCCCCAAAGUGCCCUCCAGUCUCUUCCUGCUGUGGCUCCAGCUCUGGGGGUGGAGGCUGCUGUAGCUAUGGGGGCGGGAGCUGUUGUAGCUCUGGGGGUGGUGGCUGCUGUAGCUCUGGGGGUGGUGGCUGCUGUCUGAGCCACCACAGGAGACGCAGGUCCCACCGCCACAGGCACCAGAACUCUGACUGCUGCAGCCAGCCCUUGGGGGGCUCCAACUGCUGUGGAGGGAGCAGUCAGUCAUCUGGAGGCUGCUGCUGA